AACGUGCGCAACGCACCCAACCCCAUGGGCUUACUCGACCAUCUCUGGGAUGAUACUGUCGCUGGUCCUCGGCCAGAGAACGGCCUUGGCAAGCUUCGGAAACAUCAUACCUUCAGUUUCCGGCCUAGCUCCGGCAAUGAUCAAUCGGACGGUGGAAGCGUGAGAUCGUACGGUGAGGACUCGCCGGAAGAGGGUAUGAAAGUGACACGCAGCAUCAUGAUAGUAAAACCACCAGGAUACCAAGGCGGUUCAGCUCCGGCUUCGCCGGCCGGUUCAACUCCGCCAGUAUCUCCUUUCUCUGGUGAGUUUUAA